GACAUCCGCUUCCUAGUCCUGUCAGGGCAGCGGCGCUUAGCCAGACAAAUAGACUUGUUUGAGGCUUUAGAGAUCAUCUCAACGAUGGCUGAUUUUGAAGAACAACUCACCGAGGAGGAGAAGGUCCGCAUUGCGGCUAACUUUGUCCUCCAUGCCCCACCAGGAGAGUUCAAUGAAGUCUUCAAUGAUGUUAGACUACUCCUCAACAAUGACAAUCUGCUUAGGGAGGGUGCAGCACAUGCCUUUGCACAGUACAACAUGGAUCAGUUCACUCUGGCCAAAAUAGAUGGUCAGGAGGAUCAGAUUCUCAUCACCGAGCACGGAGACCUGGGCCACGGGCGGUUCUUCGACCCCCGCAGCAGGCAGUCUUUCAAGUUCGACCACCUGAGGAAGGAGGCCAGCGACCCCCAGCCCCACGAGGGCGAGGCAGGCCUGCAGGCCUGGAGAGACGCCUGUGACGACGCCCUCAGGGCCUACGUCAAGGAGCACUACCCCAGCGGAGUCUGCACCGUUUAUGGGAAAACCAUUGAUGGCCAGAAAACCAUUAUUGCCUGCAUCGAAGGCCAUCAGUUUCAACCCAAAAACUUCUGGAAUGGCCGUUGUCGGUCUGAAUGGAAGUUCAGCGUCUCCCAGUCCACCGCUCAGGUUGUGGGAGUCCUGAAAAUACAGGUGCAUUACUAUGAGGAUGGAAACGUGCAGCUGGUCAGUCACAAAGACAUCCAGGAGUCCAUGACGGUCAACAAUGAAACUCAAGCUGCAAAGGAGUUUGUGAAAAUCAUUGAAGAUCAAGAGAAUGAAUACCAGACGGCCAUCAGUGAGAACUACCAGACCAUGUCUGACACCACCUUCAAGGCUCUACGCCGCCAGCUGCCAGUCACACGCACCAAGAUCGACUGGAACAAGAUCCUCAGCUACAAGAUCGGCAAGGAGAUGCAGAACGCCUAGAGACGUCUGCCCUGCGCCUAGUGUUACUGUACGAACUGACAAACAGAGAGGGAAAAGGAGAGAGAGGGAGGUAGAGAGAAAGGGGAGGGAGGGAGGGGGGAAAGAGAAAGGGAGG